AUGUGCUCUGUUUUCAAGCCAGGGAAAGACCUUGAUACGACACCCCUUUUCUCCGAUUCCCACGACCUCCCGAUCCUGAAGCUCCGGCAGAAUAAGACUUACGGGAGAUUUUUGGGGCACCCGGCGCUCGGGCAGUUUAUCGCGGAGAGCAGCUCGACUGCCCGGAAAAAGUUGCGGAAGAACAACCCGAACGAUUUUCGGAGACGGGUGGGGAUAGUUGGGAGGUACGACACGCACAUAGGGCAUUUCGGGGAAUCGGCCAUGGCGAUGUGGGAAGUUUCUCGGCACUUUCCUAAGGAGGGGCCGAGCAAAUGGACGGCUGGGAUCGCUCAGAUGCUUUUCGGGCCGGCGUCGGAGGUUUUAGCCGGGCACAGGGAGGGUCGGCCUGUGUGCUUCGACCAGGUGGCGUUUGUGCUGAAUUCCCGGCACUUAAACUCGUCUGCGCAGGGGUUUAGGGAGGACGCUUGGGGCCUGGCAGAAGUGGCUGCAAAGGUGUUUCAGCGGAGAGAGGAGAACGGAGUGGUUGGGGACGGUAACGGGGAUUUUGAGGUGGAGGAGGAGAUGGAGAUGGGGGAGGAGGAGCAGGAGAAGCAACGGCGAGCCGAAGCCGGGUCGGAGAGUCAGCAAACCAAGAAGAGCCGAGAGGAAAGCCGGGAGGAAAGUGAGAGGAGGUUUCGGGAGGAGGUGAUAGCGCGAGAGAGAAGGCACGCGCUCGCACGCGUGGUGAUCCGGCAGGGCGACGAGGUUUUGAACGCGGCUUUAAGGGGGUAUGAUUUUGAGAGGAAGCUUGAGGUGACGGUGGUGGAGAGGGAGGAGCAGCGCACAGUGAGCAACAUGGGGGAGGUGGCGUGGCAUGUGAAGGACCUCUUCCCCCGCCAGCUCACCAACCAGUACCACCUUGCCGACUCACCGCUGCUCGAGCAGAUGGCUCUGUUCCAGCACACGGCGCUGUUCAUCAGCAUGCAUGGCGCGUCCCUCAGCAACCUCAUCUUCCUCCCCCCAGGCAGCACCAUUCUCGAGCUCUUCCCCUUCAAAUUCCACUCCGACGCCUACAAGAACCUCGCCCUGCGCACCGGAAUCAACUACUUCAUGUGGGAGAACACGCACCCGGAAGCUUCUACCUACACCGACGAUUGCUUAGCUAAGGGCGGGUGGGAGAAUCUGGAGGAGAAGGAGUGUCGGAACGUGAGGGGGUGUUUUCUGUGUGCGAGGGAUCACUCGGUUACGAGGGUGAAUAUGGAGGAACUGGAUAAGGUGCUUUUGAAGGUGCAGAGAGCGGUGCGGAGGUUUUUGCACGAGGAGAGCUUGAAGAAGCUGCAUGGGGUUACAACAGCAACAGUUACUGCUUAA